GCCCCCGAGGAGAGGGAGGCGGGCGCCCCUCGGGGAAGAUGAAGGCGGAGGGGGGCGACCACUCCAUGAUCAACCUGUCGGUGCAGCAGGUCCUGAGCCUCUGGGCCCACGGGACGGUGCUGAGGAACCUCACGGAGAUGUGGUACUGGAUCUUCCUCUGGGCUCUCUUCUCUUCUCUGUUUGUCCAUGGUGCUGCAGGAGUGUUGAUGUUUGUGAUGCUGCAGAGGCAUAGGCAGGGAAGAGUCAUCUCCGUCGUUGCAGUCAGCAUUGGAUUUCUGGCUUCCGUAACUGGAGCAAUGAUUACCAGUGCAGCAGUAGCGGGCAUUUACAGAGUAGCUGGGAAGAACAUGGCCCCUUUGGAAGCGCUGGUAUGGGGCGUUGGACAGACUGUAUUGACAUUAAUCAUCUCCUUUUCAAGGAUCCUCGCUACACUUUGAGGUUUCUGUGAGAAUGUCUUACUUCAUAUUAAGGAAACAGAUGUACAGAUUCCCUGAAAAUGGCAUUGUUAAAAGUGGAAAUGAAGUUGUGCAAGAAUGUGGACUGAGCAGGUCAAAGCAUAAGGAAGACCUUAAGCUGUGUGGAAAGAUUGCCCUCUGGUGUUCAAGUGAUUGCACUACCGCACUGCACCUUAUGUGCCUCUGUCCCAGGCAAGGUGCAUUAAGACACUAUGUAAAGUUACAAGAAAAAGCACCUUGUUUAGCUGCCUAUCAGGUUAACAUUGGUGUUGAAAUCAUCGUUUUUUAACAGUGUUGUGUUAAGUUACAGGGAUGUUUCUAAGUAUUGAUAUAUGUGCCAAACUCUUUUUUUUUUUGUUAACAUUGGUCAUGUGACAAUUUGCAAGUGUAGAUGUAGCUGAGUGCUGUGAACAUAUUUGACAUGAAUUCAGGUAAUGUACUAAGAUUUUUGUUCUGUAACACUAAAUCCCGUAUGAGUGCUAAAUACCGAAUUGUUUAAUAUGAGAGAAAUUAAUUGGUUUUUAAUGUUGCACAUUUCUGGGAUUUAGGGCUUCAAUAUGUUUAGGUAUUAUUUAAUUGAUGUGGAAGAUAAGUCUUCUUAAUGGAAGACUAGCUCAAAUGUUUUAAGAACUCAGAGUGGCUCUAUAGGGUGCAUACUUUUCACUAACUUAAAUAACAGUUUCCCUCAUGCAUAAAUAUUCUAUACAAAUUCAGAAACUUUAAGGGUCAUACACAUUGAUUGUAGUUUGUGUGUCAUAAAAAUGUAAUUUGAAAAUUUUCUUAAAAAUUUUGUAAGAAAAAAAGUCUGAAAUGCAUGUUGCAUUCUUUGACCCUUCUAAAGAAAGUUUUUGCCUCGUAUCUCAUGGACGAAACAUCUUUAUAACUAGUAUCUCAGUGGGAUUAUAUUACAUGUUGCAUAUAUCUUGAUUUUUGACAAAACAUAAACAGUCUUUCAUUCUGGAGUAUUAACUGUUUUUAGAGAGUGGCCUAAAUUAGGCUCUGGAAAUAAAGACCUCAUUUGUAGAUACGUAACUAGUAAGUUAUAUAGGAAGAGUAAUAACUGUUCUUUGGAUAUGUGGUAUCAUAAUUUUGCUAAGUAAAACUGGGGAAUAUAGUAGGUAAUUUAAAAGUUUAGCAGUUAGUCUCACCAUAUCAAUGCAGUAUUGGACGUGUAUUUGAGUAAUUUAUUUCAGUUGUUCAGUUCUUGAUUUAUGAUAUUAUGAUUUAGGUUUAAGUUUACUGGAAGAAUCAGUGAGGGCAUAUAUAAAAUGGAAAUGUCCUUUAUAAAAAACAUUUUAAGAGGUUUUGGCAGUACGUAAUUGUAAGAGUAUAGGAAGUAGGGUUGACCUGGUCUCCCAAUGAGAUUUUUUUGACACCAAAUACAGUUAUAAUUUGCUAACUCAAAGUAGGAGCCAUUGCAGAGAAUAUGAAGUUAAGGAUAAUUAAAAAAAACCUGGUAGCCUUGAUGUUUAAUCCAAUUUGCUAUAAAAGUAGGCUUCUCUAAUAUCCCAUUCGAAUUUAAGAACUGUGUUACCUGCAUCACUUUUUCUCUACCCAGAAGCAGAAUAUAUCCACAACUUAUCAGUGAGAAGUUGGGGAAGCAGUACUUUUACCAGUUUACCAUUAUGAAUUGCAAAGCAGUAUGUAUUUGACAAUAAAUCAUCAAUUGAUAGUCUCUAGAAUUUUUUUAAAUUACCUUUUGCAGUUGCAUUGCAAUUGCAAAUUUGGGGGAUUUACUAUCACUGUGGCUUGGAAAUUUGUUUUUAAAAAAAAUAAUAAGCAACUAUGCAUGGAUCUUUGAAGUAAAUUUUAAAAUCGAUUCUUUUUGUUAUAUACAACCCUAAAAUUGCUUUCAUGUGUUCUUUAUAUUCCUGAUGUUUUUACAAAUUAAAUUUAGGCAUAAGUUUUCCAAGGCAAGCUGAUUUUUUCUUUUCUGCUAGUCCUGAAUUGUGUUCUUCCUUUACUUUGGCUAUUCUGUCAAUAAUUUAAAGCAUUCAUGUUCUUCUAGAGGAAUUACCAAUAGCAUGUGGAAAUUGUUUCAGAUCUACAGGAUGAAUGCUUAUUUUAACAAAUGGUUAUUUUAUGAUUUAAGAAAGUUACCAUAAAGUAAUAUGGAGCAUGAUUCAUAAUCCAAAAUUAACCAGAAAAUAAAUUGGAUACAUUAAAUGUACUAAUGUGUGGACCAAAGAAUUAACUCUUGUUUUUACUCUAGAAUGAAAGUAUAAUUGAAUGGUUAAUAAUUAGUUUGUAUGUAGAGUGUCCUGCAGUUAUCUCAUUAUCCAGUUGCUUUACGUUAUGAAUUGUGUGCAUAUACUUUUAAUUUUAGUGGUUAUUUUUGGUUUCUUUGCUGUUUUCAGUUACUUCCAUUGGGAUUUUGUGCAGCAUCACUCUUUUGAUGUUUUGAGAUGCAGUUGAAUAGUGUGAAUUUAUGAAUUGUCUUAAUAGCUGUCUAUAUGCUGAGAUUUUUUUAAAAGUUAGUAGCUUUCCUAUAGACACAAGAAAUGUUUAAUGAUAUAUAUGUACACACAUAUGUAUAUCAUUAUAUACGUAUAUAGAGUGCUGCUAUAUAUGAAUACAGUUUACUUGGAAAGCUUUUUUUUCAAUGAACACUUUCAUGUUCUAGUGGAAAAUUUGUUCAGUGUAAUGAUCUUUUAAAUAGGUUUGAGGAUGUUUGAGAAUUUUGAAUUUUGGGAAAAUUGUCUUCACUUAAUAGAGCUGGAAACCCUUGUUUGGGACAUGACAAAAGCCCUUAUUGAUGUAUUUGGAUUAUACUUUGUUACAAUUUAUAUGUGAUUUAGCAGUAAAUUUUCUUUGUGACAAAUACAAGAAGGGAGGGAGGAUCCUUUAUAGUAGAUACUCCUUUAUUUUAAAAUGUUUAAUAAAAUAUUGCAAAUAGUGAAAUUAGUUCCCCAAAGAAAGAACUCAUAUAUGCCCAAACUAAUUAUUAUUUAUCACACUGAUUAAAAAUACCCAUAGAUCUCAGCUAGUCAGAGGGCCUCAAGUAAUCUACAAAUAAUACUUAAAACUUUAAAAGAAGAACAGGUAGUCUUUUCCAUGUGACAGUUCCACGGUAAUACCCUAUCUUGCCUAGGAUAAGCAAAGUCCUAAAUGAUGGCUAUAUUCAGGGCUUGUAGCUGAAUUAUUAUUCUUUUAGAUCUUAAUGUUUACCAAACAGUGUUACAGUUUAUUACCCAAUAUACUUUUUUUAGUAUUUGUAGCAUACAUUUCCACUGCUCAAAAAAGUAUAAGGGUUUUGUCUGUACUUUAAAUGAGAGAAAUAAAGAAAUGAGUUGGCUUGUAUAUCUUGUAUUUGUGAUAUAAGGAACGGGGAUAAUUUAAAAUCACAGAAUGCUGUGGAAAAGGUCUUUAAAGAACCUCUAAUGAAGAGAGUGGGGCUGCCAUGUCAUGUACCCAGCUGCCACUCACACACCAAAUAAUUCCAUUUUGUAAACACUUUUUGUGGAUCCGCUGUGUAAAGUGUUGUACCAAGUAUUUUCUCUAGUAAGAACAAGAAUUACCAAGAUGGGAUUCUUGAUCUUGAGUCCACCAAGAGCUAGCAAGAUGAUUUUAAAUCCUAAAAAGUUUGGGACAACAUUUUGCUUCCUGAUUUUAGUUGAGAGUUAGCCUGUUUUAUCCCUCCAGAUUCUCAGUUUCCUGGUUCAUUCACUAUAUAGAAUUCCCAUAACUGAGAUAUCAUGGCUGUGACAUAGUGAAGAGAAUACUAGACUCCAAGCCAGCAGCACAGGUUGAAUUAAGACUCUGUCACUUGUCAACUUUUUGACCUUGAGCAAAUCAUUUAACCUCUCUGAGCCUCAGUUCGUGCUCUGUAAAAUGUGACUAAUACCUCAUGUAGUUUGUGAGGAUUAUGUGAGAUUGUUUAUGAAUGGCAAAGCAAUAUGUAUUUGACAGUAAACGAUCAAAGGAUAAUCUCCAGAAUUUUUUAAAAUUAUAUUAUAUAAUUGCAUAACAAUUGAAUAUGUUGUUUUGUAAAAUUCAAUUUUAUUUCUGUAUUUCCUUAUAUAUAUUUUAGGAAAGAAACUAAAAACAUUCUCUUAUAAUCUUGCUUCAUCUCCUCUUCACCUUUUCUUUUAAAAAUCAGCAGAUCUUUAAGAUCCUUUUGUGAAUUUGUGCUGGUAGAAAUGGCCAGUGCAAGUGGGACUAAAUUAGUUCUGUUGACCACUGGUUAAAAUUAAAAAAGGGUAGAGAGGUAGUCAGCCUUUACUCCUUUACCUAAUCCCACUUACUUCCCUUGGAUUCAUUCUGCCAUUUUGGUUCAUUGACUUUCUGCUAUUUACAAAUGAUUCUUCUUGAAAAGUAAGAGCUGUAUAUACCCCCUCUGCCUUCUAUAUGUCUGUUUCUUCUACCAGCCCUGGGCAUUUGGCUCUACAGUGUAGUACCAAUUCUUUAGAAAAUGGAAGGAUGUUCAGUGUCUACCAAGUCCUUUCUUCCACGGGCCAAGGGUGCUUAAGCCCUAGAUGUUAUUUUAUUUUUUUUAACUUUACCAUUAUUUUAAAUUUAUGUCCAUCAUACAGUUCAAGGAGUAACAAGAUGCCUGGAGCAGUUUCUGAAAUCUCAAACCACUUCACUCUUGACGCUACAGAUUUUUCUCUCAGUCUCAAUCAGAAUCUCUGCAGUCAUUAUCUAUUUUUAAGAUGUGAGGAACGAGGAAAAUUACUGAAGAAAUUCUAGCAGGUUGAGAUUGCAGAUAAAUUUGUUAACACUUGUUGGGUAACUGGGUAAAUUACUAUUUCUUUUAAUAAUUGAGGUGAAACUCUCAAUGGUUAAAAUGGACCAAUAAUUAAAUGGUUUUAUAAUCUUUCUUAGCUUCCUGUCCUUGUUAUAACAUCUUGGAAGAAGACUCUUCAGGAUAAAAAGGACAUUAUUUGAUUAAAAAUUAUAAUACUUGGAGAGGUAACACACAAAAACAACAUAUUUGACGAAGCACCCUACAUCCUGUGAACACAGUUUCAACCCUUUUGUUAGGACUAUAAACUACACUGGAUGAGUAUGUAUCUUGCAUGUUUACACAUGCUGUGUUUCUUUACAUGUGAGGCUUCACUGACCACUGUGUGUUCUGAAAUUGUAUUACGAUUUUCAUGUGUGUGGUAACAGCUUUGCUCUUCUCACUAAGGAGUGCUGUUCUGUGUAGGUGAUACAGUGUUAGUAAGGUUGCUGAAUUAGUUAUCUAAAAAAGGUAUCUGUGAAUUGGGGGGAAAUAAUGCUUAAUUCUGAAGUGUUUUUAGUAAAUGUGGAGAUAUAUCAGAUAAUAAUUUACUAAAUUAGUGGAAACACAUUUCUGAGUGAACUGAACUAUGAACUAUAAUCAUCUCUUACCCUGAGUUUAGGGAAGCUGUUUUCACAUUCUUUACAUUUAUUCCACAUGUGUUGAACUGACAUAAUAACUCUUCCCUGAUUUUGAGAAUGGAUUUAGCAGUUUUUAAAAAAUCUUCCUCCUCUUUACAUAUAGGUUUCGUAUGUUAUAGUUUAAACAUACGUAUGGUUUGUUGGUAGAAUCCAAGGAGCUGGUUUAGGAAAGAAUAUUCAUAACACCUACAGUUAUGCAGCUCUAAUCUUUAAAAAGUAAAUAGUUUAGGCAAGUCAGAAGGCCAUGAACUUCGUACAUACGUUUUUAAGAUUAGGUAGUGCACCCACAUGUAUCUACUCUUGGUAGUAAUAUGACUUUCCCCCUUUUGGGAAUGUAUUUAAGUGGAUAACUGAAACUGAAAAGCAGUUUGACACAAAUACACAGGAAGAGGAAUUACGGUGCAUAAUCAAUCAUCUGAGUCGUGUAACUGUAACACUUUUCUCUCAGAUAUAAAUUGGUAAUUAUCAAAAAUCACCACUUUAAAAAUUUUAUUCUGUCAUUCUGAAUUAAGCAAUCACUUUUCUUUAGAGCCCUGUUUAAAUGAAUAUUAGCGUAAGAGGACCACUGAUGAUGAUGUGUCUCUUGUUUUUAAAUUAUUUACACAUCAUUGUUAAGUAUCUUUGGAAUGGAACAUUUUAAAGUUUUCUCCAUAGAAAGCAAAAUAGAGGCACUUGCUGAGUAACUCAUCAUAAAAAAUGAUUUACUUUCAAUAGCAGCUGUGUUGAUAGUCUUAACAGUUGACACUUUGUUAGCGUUUGUGAUGCAGGAUGCAUUUACAAUGGCGGCAUUUUUGAAAAGAUUUGGCCCUGUCACCAAUAUACACAUUCAGAUGUGAGCUCCACACAUUUAGAUGAACAAAUAGGAAAUUCAACAGUAUUUUUUUUUAGCUAUCUAACUUGGUAAAAUUCAAAGGGUUCUACCAUAAGUAUUAGCCCCUGAUUCUAGUUAUUCUGAGAUGAGGAAUCAACUUUAUCUUAAAGUCAACUAGCUAAAAUGUCUUUAUUUAAAUACAAAAAUAUAGUUUACCUGACAGGUAUUAAAAGUCUCACUUUCAAAUUGUGUUAACUCUCAGACCACUGAUGAGUCAUUUAGUACGUCACAGGCAGAUUUUAAAAGCUAAGUGUUGCUUUAGUGCCUUGUAAGUUAAGAAACUUGUGCAAAGUGGAUUUAGCAAGAUUCAGGAUUGGCACCAGUGAGUUGGCUAGGUACACAUCACCCGUGACUGGGAAUUCAGAGUGUAGGAAGCCUAACAAGUAGUGGCCGCUAACUUUAUAUGGUUCCAUGUAAAUCAGUUACUUAAUCACUGACUGUGACAGAUGAUGACAGCUACUUUCCUUAGAUUUUCAUGAUGUGGUAUUUUUCUCUAUUUAUUUCUUUUUCCAAGUAAGUAUGAAAUGGAAAAAAUGUAGUUAAGAAAAUUAAAUGUGGGAUUUUAAAAUUUAGUUUUGUUGUAAACUAGAGAUUCUAGUGAACAGUGUUAGUUCUAUACUGUAGUACAGGGCAGACAUACUUUAACCUUUAGAAAUAUGUUUACCAUCAGGGAUUUAUUUUUACUAUAGAAAUACUAAAUGUACUGUGAAGCUUAAAGACAGAAGAAAAAAUGUUGGAGGGGUAAUACACAAAAUCAAAGGCAUAUUUGGUGAAGUACCCUAUGUUAUGUGAACACAAUUUCCCCCUUCUGUUAAGACUAUAAACUAUACUGUAUGAGUAUGUGUACUGCAUGUUUACAAAAAACAGUUUAAUUUUGAAGGAUUAUUUUAAAAACUGUUUAUAUAUAAUACCUAACAAGCUGUAAAUAUUGUAUAUUAUUGAUUUUUAAUUUUAUAUAAGCAAUUUUUUAUUUCCCAAUUCAUGUACAAAUCUUGUUGUGUAUAUAGCAUAAUUUCCUGGAGAACACAAAUUUUGCAGUGAAUUUUAAGUAUUUUAAUUGCAGUAAGCAUCAGUUUAGCCUUAGAGAUGUUGAUCUUUAUUUUAAAUUAUUUUCCACCAUUCUCAUUUUCUUCAAAGGGCAGCAAUAAACAUAUGCAAGUUAUUUUUAAUUAUAGAAAGUAGCUCUACAAAGAUAAGAUCUAGGUUCCAAUUCACUGCUUUAAGGAAAAGAUGCACAAUUACUGUCAUUCAGUGUCUGAUCACAGGACCAUUUCUGUGGUCCACAUGUGGCUCUCCUCUUUGUAAUAUACAGGGUGAACUCUUUACUGAUACACACAAAACAACUGUUAAAAGUGAAUCCAGCACUUAACUGUCAUUACCCAGAAUUUAUUGGAUUAAAAAUUUGUAAUAUACAGUAUUUUAAUAAAGUUUCUGUAUUCAAUUUCAUGCACUUAUAUAUAAAUAAACCUGUCUUUGAAAGCUUUA